GCCAACAAUUUUUCAAAAGCAACUGCAGAUUUAAUGUAGCGAUGUUAUCAUUGGAACAUGCGCAUUUUGUUUACCUUUGGUUUUAACUGUUAUUCACUUGUCUGAAACUUUUGGAAAAAAAAAUAUCUGAGAACUAGGAGCAGAGUGAGCCCAAACAAAUCUACAAUUAAUAUAUACAAAAGAGAUUGCUUACGCGGGAAAAGGUAGAGAAUUUUCAUCUCAAUUUUGUUCCUAAAUAGAACAUUCGUUAGUUACAAUCUCAACUAAUGAUUUUUAGCUUUUACGUUACGUCACUCAGAUUCGUUUGAAAACAAAAUAUUACAAUAGUAAAUCAAUUUAAAACAAUAAUGAUGCCGAAUCAAUAUUCGUUUUGGAAAGGCUCUGUGAGUGCAAGUGAUGUAGACAGUAGGGCGCGUGUCGCGUGCGGAAUUAUAUACGCUGUCUCAGAUCUCAGCAGCUUACUUUCAUCCGGCGCUCACGCUGAGAGGACAUCGGAACUAGACCGAUAUGUUCUUGGAUUUAUAACUGUCUUAAGAUGAGUUCAAUGCUGUUGCUUGUUGUGUUACUGUGGGGUGGAUCUCGCAGCGCUGUGGCGGUUAACGAUGAUCUAUCCAAAUAUUGGACGAAGGAUUUCAAGGAAGUUUUACAUUUGUAUGGGAAAACAUCGGACAAGGAUUUGUAUGGAGAAAGUUUACCUCCUUCUAUGACAUACAAAGCAGCGACUACUCAACGAAGCGAAAUAAUUUUAGAGCAUACUGGAAAUUACGAUGCUAGCGACUUUGACCAAUCCGGUUCAACAUACCCCUAUUUUAAUCAAAAAAAGUAUAAACAAUCAUUAAAACCGGCACAAAGUGUUAAUUAUUUCAGUUAUUCUGAAUCGAAUGCAGCAAAACAAAACAAUGAUCAGCUAAAUAACAAAUAUUUGAACCAAACACCACAACAAGGAAAUCAAAAUAUUGAUGUAUCUUCCAAAAUAAAUUUGCAAGGUUUUCAACCUUAUUUUAAUAGAGAAAAUGAUUAUACAAGAAUACAAAAUAUUUUAAGCACAGAAAGGAAUAUUGGUACGGGAAUAGUGAUACCUGAAGAUAACAGAAUAUACCGUAAUAAAGCUAGGAAUAAAGUGAGAGAGUACAAAGUGAACACAUUUGACUCCCGAACAAAAUGUCCGCCGACAAUUUGUAGAAAGUUAUCUAAAACAGCCAAAAGAAUUUAUUCAAGACCAGUGAAGAAGAUUAAAAGAAUCGUUGUGUACUAAUUAUUUAAUUUUCUAUUAAUUGUAGUUUAAUUAUUUAUUAUAGUAUGAAUUAUUAAAUUUUUUGUUGGUGGCAA